UCUCUCUCUCUCUCUCUCUCUCUCCGUCUCUCUUUUGGCUUGGACAUUUCUGCUAAUAAAAAGCUGUUUGGUUUUGCUGAGGAGCUUGUUUUAUGCGUUUUCUUGGUGGUGAGGUUGCCAUGUAGAGCUGAAACGGCUGCGAUUUCGGUUGGAUUUGCCUUUUAAGCUCCCUUUUGCAGGCCCUUUUGAGUUUUGAGUGUAUUUUUCUGUAUAGUGAUUUUAAAUUUUUUCUCUUCCAUGAAUCUUAUGCUUUUGGUGUUUCUUAUGGAAAUUUAAAAACUUCUUCUCUGAAAAUUUUUCUUCUGCAGGUUGAAGUUUGAUUUUUUUUUUUUCCUCCUAAAGCAGACCCAUGGAUUAUUGAAUGUUUCUCUCUCUAAAACUAAUAGUAUUUCUCUCCCUAUAUUCGUCUCAUUUAUUCAUUGGUUGAAAAUGACAGACCCUUUGCGUGUCACCCUUUCUCUCUCUCUCUCUUUAUAAUGCUUGAGGUUGAGGGAAGGUGCGUUUUGUGCCAUAUAAAAUAAUUGUAGUUUUUUCUUCGGAUUAAAUUUUCCAUGAAUUUUUUUUUCAAUGACAGAUUGCUUAAAAAUUGACUUGGAUUCGAAUCCCUCAAUUUUCAAAUUGUGAAGACCCUCCUUCAUUCGAUAUCAAAGACCAUAGCUUUCACUGUAAGCACUGUGUAGACCAAAAGGAUUUCUACUUCUGAGGAUUGGUUCAUACUAUGAAUCUGUGUUAGAUCUUCAAGGACUGCUUAUAGUUACCAGUUGACAAAAAUCAUCAAGCUCUGAUGUCGGUUUUGGACAAACCAUCAUCAAGUUCAUCAAUUUCUUCACCGUCUAUUUCAGUUGGGGAGAUUGAUCCAUUGUUGAAGGAUUUGAAUGAGAAGAAACAGAGUUUUAGGCGGAACGUUGUUUCGUUGGCUGCAGAGCUGAAAGAAGUUAGGAGCCGGCUUGCAUCUCAAGAGCAGUCAUUUGUUAAGGAGACAAUAACAAGACAGGAAGCAGAGAGUAAGGUAAAAACCAUGGAAGCAGAGAUUUGUACAUUGCAGAAGCGAUUGGAGGAGAGGAAUGGCCAGCUUCAGGCUUCAUCUUCCACUGCUGAGAAGUACCUUAAGGAGUUGGAUGGUCUUAGAUCACAGCUUGCAGCCACUCAAGCAACUGCAGAUGCAAGCACUUCUUCAGCUCAAUCGGCUCAGCUUCAGUGUUUAGCUUUGUUAAAGGAAUUAGAUAUGAAGAAUAACUCGUUAAAAGAGCAUGAGGAAAGUGUGAAAAGGCUAGAAGUACAAUUAGACAAUUUACAAAAGGAUCUAAAGGCAAGAGAAUCAUCCCAAAAGCAACUGAAAGAUGAAGUUCUUAGAGUUGAGCAAGACAUUAUGCAAGCGAUUGCCAAGACGGGAGCUGGAAAAGAUUGUGAACUUAGGAAAUUAUUAGAUGAGGUAUCUCCAAAAAACUUUGAGAAGAUCAAUAAACUUUUGGUUGUUAAAGAUGAAGAGAUAGCCAAGUUGAAAGAUGAAAUAAGAAUCAUGUCUGCCCACUGGAAGCUCAAAACCAAGGAAUUGGAAACACAGUUGGAAAAGCAGCGACGGGCUGAUCAGGAGCUGAAGAAGAGAGUGUUGAAGUUGGAAUUCUGUCUACAGGAAGCUCGUACUCAGACACGGAAGCUGCAAAGGAUGGGAGAGCGAAGGGACAAAGCUCUCAAAGAACUCAGAGAACAGUUAGCCAAUAAACAACAGCCGGUAGCUGUGGGUAAUAAUGAAAAGCAAAAUUUCUGGGAAUCUUCCAGCUUCAAGAUUAUAGCUUCCAUGUCAAUGUUGGUCUUGGUGGUAUUCUCAAAGCGAUGAAGUGACUACAGUGUCCUUUCCUUGCCUUGCCUUGUAUAAAUGUCCUAAUACCUUGAUUCUAGGAGAGCUGUAGAGGGGCCGUUAUGCUAUUAGAAAUGCGCACAGUAGACUCUCUAUCAUAUGUAGCCAUUGUCAAAAGUGCCCCUUUGUUGUGCUCUUGCCCCUAGAAUCCAAAAAGUGAUGGCAAUUUUUUUACAAUAUUUUAAGUAAUUUGAAAAAAAAAAAAGAGGGUUACAAAAAGAAACCUGGGAGUAGAUAUAAAAAAUAGUAAGAUUCAAUUUUAAUGGUUCCAUUAGGUGAAUAUUAUUGUAAUGAGAGAAUGCUAAAGUAUGCAGAUUUGCUAUUUCGUAGUUAAUGGUCAAAUGUUUGGUGUAACGGUGCAUAAUUUGAGCUC